AAAAGGGCACUAAAGCCCACCAACACAUACUCUUAAAUUUAACAAUGGCUUUUGGAAACAUCCAAGAACCAGACGGGGAGAUCCUAAAGAAUGUUUGGGAGAACUUCAUCAGAAAACCAGAAACCGGUACAAGAUCAGUCCAUGUUCAAGAAGUUUCCACGACUUGGGAAGCAUUGCCAACACUUGAUGACAUAUCAAAAGAAUCAAAAGGAAGCCUUCCAACCAUAGAUAUGUCAAUGGAGGCCAAGGAAUGGGCCGAGAUUCUCGACUCCAUUGCUUCUUUCCCAAGCGAAACCAAUCGUGAGCCGUUAACCAACCCUACUGGUUCACGUUCUCUGUCUUCUCCGGUUUCUUGCAAAACAAGGAAAUACAGGGGAGUAAGGAGGCGUCCUUGGGGGAAAUUCGCAGCAGAAAUAAGGGAUUCGACGAGAAAUGGUGUUAGAGUUUGGCUCGGGACGUUCCACACUGCAGAAGAAGCAGCUAUGGCUUACGAUAAAGCCGCAGUUAGAAUCAGAGGAGUACAAAGAGCUCACACCAAUUUUCAAAUCGAGACGGUUAUAAAAGCUAUGGGAAUGGAGUGCAGCCGAAGUUACUACCCGAUAAACCGUUCAAGUACGUCUCAACCUUUAAGUAACUACCAUGAGACCGGAGGAAAAGAGACAAUUAGGUCCUAUAAUGAUAGAGUUGUUGAUGGGAUGGUCGACAACAGUUGUGCCUUUAGUUAUUGUUCGACUCAGGAAUGUUUGGACAUCUGUGGAAUGGUUGGGGAUGAAGAAACUUGUACAGGUUCAAGAAAGAGACAAAGAAGAGAUGAAGAUUGUAUAAUGCUUCAACUUCAAGAAGUUGAGACUGAUGAUAAGAAGAUGGCUAGCAGGGGAGAAGAGAAAUGUGAUGUGUUUGGUUUGUUUGAGUUUGAGGAAUUUGGAAGUGAUAAC